UGAAGUUGGGUGUGUCGAGCUCAGUAGACCAUACUCUCUGAGUGUAUCUCAUUUGACUGAACAAGUUUAAAUGACUCACACUUUUCUCACACGGUUCCUCGUCGCGCGCGCAACUCUGUCAGUAAAGUAGUCUCAUGUAAAUGCAAAACACGCGCCAUACUGAAGUUACUCACCCCGAUCUGUGGAGCUGAUUCUGCUCUCUGGGGAUGUGUUUCUCAGAAGACUCAAAGGACACGUCUCUCAAGUGUUUUCCUCUUUAACGCAAGUCUUAAAUCUCAAGGAACUUUCCACAAUAUCUGUCAUUUUUCACUUAAAUCGCCAUAAUGGGUGACGUGAUUUCAACCAACCUGGACGAGGGCAAGCGCGAGAUGAUUACAGCCCGCACCAGUGCCGUUAUGGCAGAGUUUGGGACGAUUCACGAGCAGCAGUAUACUGUGGCUCUGUUCAACAGUGUGCGCUUUGAGAUUGAAGGAGGGGGGAACACCCAGACACAACUUCUACAGAGAAAGGAUCCACUGAAGAACAAGUCCAUCUUCUCAGGAGGUCUGUUUCAGUAUCUGGAAGAAAGUAAGAAAUGGAGGAGCCGGUUUUUGUAUGUGGGUGACUCCUACAACAUUGGCUUGUACGAGAGCAAAGCGGCACAUGAUCGAGGUCUCCACCCCAAAGGGAUCAUAAACUGUGCUGGGUACAGAGCCCUGACCUCUAUGGAGGAAUAUCUGGAGCUUCUCAACAAUAGCCUGCCUGAUACAAAGGCCAAAGCAGGCAAUUCUCCAUUUCUGAAGUGUCCCACUCAGUUUCCCCUCAUCCUAUGGCAUCCAUACGCACGCCAUCACUACUUCUGCGUCAUGACAGAGAAAGAACAGCAGAAGUGGCAUGCCGUCUUCCAGGACUGUGUGAGACAUACCAAUAAUGGACUGUCAGAAGAGUGCAAGGUAUCAACACCGGCUUUCACUGACUCCCUGCGGCUAUACAGGCAGGCUAAGGGUCACUACGGCACCUGGGACAUGAUGUGUGGUAACCCAGCACAGAUUCUGUCCAACCUUGUGAUGGAAACUUUGCACCCUGAACUGAGGAAUAUGAUUGUACCAAGGUUAAAAGGAAAACUGCAACAGAGACAGAAGGACUGGAUGCUGAUCUCUGAUGCAGUGUACAGGCAGGUGCUGGCACAGACACGAACCCAGCAUGAAGCUAUGGUGCAGGUGUGUGAGGUGGAGCGCCCCCACCUGGACGCUGCUCUACGCACAGAUAUGGACCAAAUAAUCACAUCCAAAGAGCAUGUUUCUGGAAAGAUUCGUGCUUUUGUUUUGCCCCGUGCUGAGCAGCUUCUGAGGAGCAGCGUUCAGCCCUACAUCAACUCCAUCCUGGAGGCCCUUAUGGAGCCCACCAGCAGAGGAUUUUCAGAAGUGAGGGAUAUCCUCUUCCGUGAACUGGUGGAGGUCAGCAAAAACACAAUGAACGAUAGCAGCAAGGAGAAACUGGGAGAGCAUAUGGAUAGGAUUUCCAUGCUGGCCUUCCACCCGGUAAAGAUGCAGAGCUGUUAUGAGAAGAUGGAGAGGUUGAACCUGGAGGGUCUCCAGCAGAGGUUUGACGUCUCCAGUCCAUCUGUAUUCAUCCAGAGAGCUCAGAUUCUCAUGAGACAGCAAAUGGACAAUGCAGUGCACACAUUUGAACAACUGCUGCACCAGAGUCUAGACGGCAACAGUGGAGAGGAUACCUGCAAGAUCUUGCAGCGCUGUCAGGACCGAGUGCUCAAAAAAUAUGACUAUGACAGCAGCACAGUAAGGAAGAAGUUCUUCAGGGAGGCAUUACUUCAAAUCAUCAUUCCGUACAUGCUGAAACAGCUUUCCCCAUCCUGUUCACCGGAUCUGCCCAAGUUCAAGGAGCUCAUCUUUGAGGACUUUUCUAGGUUCAUACUAGUAGAGAGCAUUUUUGAGGAAGUGGUCCUGCAGUCAGUCACCAAGGAUAUCUUGAUGGCUGUAAAGGAGGCUGCGGUCCAGAGAAGGCAUAACCUGUACAGGGACAGCAUGGCACUGACCAACAGUGACCCCAACUUGCACCUGUUGGGCGAGAACACCAUCGACUGGGCUGGCCAGUUCGGAGAUGUAAAAGGAGAGAAGCAGAGGGGUGAUGGGGCCAACAGGAAACGCAGGCAGAUAGUCUCCAUGAUCCACCUGGAAGGGAUGCCUCCACUGCCUUAUGAGUCUUGCCAGGAAGUGCCAGGAGUGGAUGGUAUCCCAGAGGAGAACGAGGGGCAAGUAGAACAAGAUCUCACUGCAGAGAAGCUUCCAAACUCAAUGGAGAACAAGGGUCAGGUAGAACAAAUUCUUGCUGCAGAAAAGUCUUCAAAUUCAAUGGAGGACAAUGGGAAGGUAGGACAAGAUCUUGCAGCAGAAAAACCUUCUAACUCAAUGGAGAACAAGGGGCAGGUAGAACAAGUUCUUGCUGCAGAAAACUCUUCAAAUUCAAUGGAGGACAAUGGGAAGGUAGGACAAGAUCUUGCAGCAGAAAAACCUUCUAACUCAAUGGAGAACAAGGGGCAGGUAGAAAAAGUUCUUGCUGCAGAAAAGUCUUCAAAUUCGAUGGAGGACAAUGGGAAGGUAGGACAAGAUCUUGCAGCAGAAAAACCUUCUAACUCAAAGGAGAACAAGGGGCUGGUAAGACAGGUUCUCGCAGUAGAAAAGUCUUCAAAUUCAAUGGAGAACAAUGGGCAGGUAGGACAAGAUUUUGCAGCAGAAAAGCCUUCUAACUCAAUGGAGAACAAGGGGCAGGUUGGACAAGACCUUGAAGCUGAAACACCUAUAAAAGUAGUUGAACAUGUUCCAUUCAAAGAAGAACCAGGGUCUCCUGACAGCAUUGACAAGAUCCGACACCUUAUCAACCCCGUUCAGGAGGUCGUUGUCCCCGCUUCCUUAGAAGUUGGUUCACAGGUGACCAAUGGGAUUUUGCCUCUGGAGGAGGGUGAUGAGGUAAAGCACAUCACCACAGUAACGGAGACAGUGCAAAGGCAAUCACCAACAAAAAAAGAAGGCCCUUCUGAUGAUGGACAUACCUUAAAGACAAACCUCUCAGAAGAGCAGCAGAGCUUGUCAGCAAUUGAGAGUGCCAUUCAGCAGAUCGAGAUUGCAGUUCAGGAAGACCCCACUGAGCACCUGAGUGAAGGUGCCGUUGACUCUGAUGAGGAAUUCACCCAAACAUUGAUCAACUCCAGCCCUCGGCACCAUGAUGACAGUGGCUUUCAGUCUCCAGCCAAUGAGAAUGCAGAAGGAGAGGCUCAGCCAAUCAUGGAAGGGCUAAAUGCAGUGGACGCAGAGCAGGUGACGUUAACUCUGGUGGAGGGAGUAAAAACUGCAAGCAUCGAUUUAGACGUCAAAGCUUCUUGUGAUGUUUCAGAUGCAGGAAAAGAAUCAAAAAUUAAAACCACAGAAGAUGGUUGUUUGCAAUGAGUGAGAUUUAAAUGCAGAAACCAAGCCACAGUGAAAUGUUAUUUUAUAAACUGAAGGUGUUCGGUUUUGUUUAUAUUUUUGUUUCCCAGCAACACUCUUAUGGUUGAUAUUUCAGCCAAGUUGGCAUUUAUUUUUAUUUUAUUUUAAAUUACCGUUAUUUUAUUUCUUAUUCUUGCAUACAAUUUUGACUUGUUUUGGGAUGUUUAGCUAUGAGAAAUUUACAUUGUUUGUUUGUUUUCCACAUGUGUGUGUAUAUAGAUUAUUCUAUCAUAUAUACAUUUAUAUGACCUAUUUGUGCCUUUAAAAUGUGAUCUUUUUAUUUACUCAUGACUCCCACAGUAAUAAUUAUAUGUGGCAGAGGUUUCACAAUAUGAAUUAUUAUUGUCCUUUACAGCUCUAUAUUUCCUUAUUUCUGUGCAAAUCAUCACAUUUGGUUGCGGGUGGCAUUCCUUCAUCCCUUGACAUCAGCAAGGUUUGUUAGUAUUAUUCCAGUUUCUGUCAUGAGGAGACUUCUGAGCUAAUGCAGAUGUAUAAAUAGACUCCACCUGACUACUCGUAUAUGCAAAGUGGCUUUGUGCAUUAUAGAGGAUCUCUGAGAAAAUUACAGUGAUAUUUGGGGCCAGCUGAUAGUUACAUCAAACCAAAUAGUUUUCUUUUUUUAAUUCCCUUUGCUGUGGUUAUAUUCAAACACUAGGUAUGAAUGCAGCAUAGUUGAGCACUUACAAAAUGAUUGCGUGAACGCAUUCCUAAUAAAUUAAAGUGUAUGUUUUUAUUCCUCUGAUUACUAUGUGUUUUAUAAAGAAAUCCAAAGUGAAUUUACUGCUUUAGAAUGCAUUGUACAUACCAUGCAUAAUACAGAUUGCACUAUAUGCCUUCAGUGCCUCUAGAAUGUUUUACAGUUGGCACUCACACAUAUGCUGUGACCUACUUUCAUGGAGUGCUGUGUGUCCACCUGUGUUUGUGUGUUACAGAGGAUGUAAACUGUUAGUUGCAGAUAGAGAUUCAAGCUUGAUGCAUGUUGAGGAUUGGGUUAUUGCAGCUGUCAGUUUAAAGAAAAUCCACAGUUCAGAUUUGAUAGAAGUCUAUUAAUUAAAUUCACAUCCACAUAUUUACUUUGAAACUUUCUGAUUUAGUUUUGAUGUAAAACUACUGAUACAGCAACAUUAGCCCCACAGAAAUAUAUUGAUAUAUUUAGCAGUUUAUAUCUAUUUAUUUUAAGUGUGUUCAGUGUGACAUUUUCUACACCCUGCUUUUAUUCUUUUGUAAGUCAGCAGUAGGUCAAAUAAAUCCCAAUUAUUUUGAAA